CAGUGUGGUGCGUCAAGUGAGGAGAUUUGUUUGCAAAAAAUUGUUUGCUCCACCAAAUUUGGUGAAAAUCCCGUGAAAAUUCACAUCUGAUAAUGGAAAUUAUAGCUGUGGAUGAAAAUAAAGUGUACUACGAGUGAUUUUGCAAGGCAUUUCAGUGAAGAAAAUCCCGUGAAAAUGGGUGAAAGCGUAAUGGAGAUUGUACGAGAGAAAUUUCGGCAGGAGGAACAAGUUGUUUCUAUCUUUGAGGCUUAUCAGCUGAUUGGGUAUGAGCAGCAGAAUCGCCUCCUGGCCCUCGUGAGGUGCCACAAUUCCUACGCUGUGUUCUCCUUUGCACUCUCCACGUGCCCCCCGGAGACAUUUGUUGACCUCACAGUGGAGAAUUUCUUCCCAAUUGACGGAGAUUUCCGGAUCGAUGCACCCACUGCGGGGAUCUCAAAGCUACAGUUCAGGAUAACAACGACAACGGGGCAGCACCUGUUCUACUACUAUCCUUGCCAGACGUACAUCCACUACACGUGGGAGUACUUCCAAAAUGAUAUUCUAGCUGCCCAAAUUGCAUUUAAUGAGCAUCCCGAGGAGGGGAAUUUCUCAUGGUUGGAGGCAUUCCGGCGAGAGGAUUUAUCGGCCAUAGAUCGGAAUAUUGCGCACGGCAGGGCGACGCUGAAGAAGCGCGAAUCAAAAUUCCGGGAGGAGCUGGAGAAGAGGGAGCAUGAGUUCAUUAUGUAUGAGCCCUAUCGCUUCUACAUUGCCACGUGGAAUGUCAAUGGGCAGCCACCGAAUGAUAUUUCCCUGCACGAGUGGUUGGCAACGACGAAGGAUCCACCGGAUUUGUAUGCGAUCGCCUUCCAGGAGUUGGAUCUCUCCCCGAAGGCGUAUGCUGUGAGUGAGACACGUCCGGAUUUGGUGUGGGUGUCUCGGGUGAUGGAUGGUGUGCAUCCCGGUGGGGCGUAUGAGGAGCUCAUCUCGGUGCGCCUUGUGGGGAUGAUGCUGAUCAUUGUGAUCCGGAAGGAAUUGCGACGGAGCAUAAAGUCCAUUGCGACGACAACAGUGGGCACGGGAACGUUGAAUAUGAUGGGAAAUAAGGGCGGGGUGGGGGUGAGUGUGGAAUUCCAGGAGAACUUCAUUUGCUUCGUGAAUGCCCACCUGGCUGCGCAUGUGCACGAAGUUGUGCGAAGGAAGGAGGAUCACGAUGAAAUCCUCAGACGAAUGCAAUUUGAGCAUGGAAUCACAAAGCGCAGCAUUGAGGAGCAUGAUCACAUCUUCUGGUUUGGGGAUCUCAACUAUCGCAUCAUUGAGCAGCAGUACAAUAAAUUUGUGGACAAUGUCACCAUCCCCGGGGCGUCGAGGUUUGCCAAUCAGGAAUUUAUCUACGCCGAAUUGGAGCCUUUUGAUCAGCUACAUGUGGAAAUGCGGAAGCGCAAUGUCUUUGUGGGGUUCAUUGAGGGUCCCAUUGUGUUCCAGCCAACGUAUAAAUACGAUCCGGGAACAAAUGUGUGGGAUAGCAGUGAGAAAGCCCGUAUGCCAGCGUGGUGUGAUCGAAUUCUCUGGCGGAGCGACAAGACGCAUCAGAUUGUGUACGACAGUGUGAUGGCAUUGCAACUUAGUGACCACAAACCCGUGUAUGCGCUCUUCCUCACGCACAUCAAGUGCCGCGAUGAGGAGAAGUACAAGAAGGUCCAUGAGGAGGUCCUCAAGACGGUGGAUAAGUAUGAGAAUGACAAUCAACCGCAGAUCACCGUAGCGGAGACAGAUAUUGAUUUUGGGAUAAUUCAGUACAAUUCCGUCAUUCAGCGUGAACUCCUUGUGGCCAAUAAUUGUCAUCUACCUGUUGUAUUUGAAUUUAUGGGCAAGGAGGGCAAAGAUAGUGCAAUAUGUGAGAGUUGGUUGGACAUUCAGCACACCCGCGGGCACCUCCUUACGGGCAAUGCGAUGGGAAUUAAACUUGAGCUUCAUGCAGACAGCAAAAAUGCCUGGAAGUUGCACAGGAAGCAACGUGAGAGCGGCAUGAAGGUCCCCCUUGACAUUCUGGUGCUACACGUGCAAAAUGGCCGGGAUAUCUUCAUCACAAUCAUCGGGGAGUACCGGCCGAGUUGCAUUGGAUUCAGCCUUGAGACACUCUGUCGCAUCCAAAAGCCCGUGACAGAGAUGAAUCUGAAGGAAAUUCUCGCACUUGAACGGGACAUUGAGGCGAGUGAGCCAAAGGAGAAUGAUACGCAAGGGGAUCGAGCGGAAUUGCCGCGUGAAUUGUGGUUUCUAGUCGAUCAUCUACUCAAUAAAGGCCUCAAGACCGUCAAUCUCUUUACGCACGAGAGGAAAUUGCGACGAUCACCGCAAAUCAAUGAGAUCCGUGACUGGCUGGAUUCCUGGUCCGUGGAUGAUUUUCCUGGAACUAAUGAAGUAGCUGCAGAAGUUUUGCUGUGCCUCCUGGAGGGUACACCUGUCCCUCUUAUUCAUCCCUAUGAGGAUCUCGUCCUCACGGUGGAUAGCUAUGAAAAAUGCAAGGAUAUCCUGACAUUCCUCACACCGCAAAGGAAGAAAAUCUUCCUGUAUGUGUGCCUCUUUCUGCGUGAAGUCAUCCUCCAUGCAUCCUUCAAUCGGGUUGACAGUCAUCGAGCUGCUCGAAUAUUUGCUCCAGUUCUCCUAAAAUCCCGCACUGUGUCCCCAAAAGUGGAUCGACGACUCGAAGAUGAUCGUGAUGAGAAGAGAGCGCGAUUCUUGUUGCGAUUGCUGGAAAGUAGUGACUUCCUACGUGGAUUGUAUACAACAGACUUUAAAGUUUGCAAUCGAUCAAUGCCAUUGGUGGACAUCUCAUGAGAAGCUCUGGAUCUCUAAAUAAAUUCCCCCAAAUAAAAUAAAAAAACAAAC